CCCCGAUUUGACCUACGGCUAGAAGAUAAUCCACAUGACGCGAAUAAACCGCUGAGUAAACGACCCCUUGUAAGUUCGCCCGUUGCUAAAGUUGAUAGGAGUUUUGAAGCAGGGGAUAACUUUACCCGUUAGGUGUCGGUCGUUCCCCAGUAAGCUUUGGCUGGAUUACGAUUAUUUAUGGGAUUCCGGAUUCUAGGGUUGUUUUUCCUGCUUCCAUUUGUGCUGGGGUUGAUGAACGCAACGGUUGAUGGCAUAGACACUAAUCUCUCUUCGGGAGGGCCAAUAUGGUCCACUGUAAAGGAGGAAGAGAAUCUAGUGCCCAACGACAAGCAAUACAAUGGUGACCUUGACGGCGGGUUUUCUUCACUGGAGGGGAUGUUACAGUGGGCUAUAAGUCAUGCUGAUCCUGCAAAAUUAAAAGAAACAGCCGAAGUACGGCAGCAAUUAUCAGCAAGUGAACUAAACAAGCGUCAGAUGGAAUUAAAGGAAUUGAUGGAGGAAAUAAAAGUUCCAUCGGAUGCUGAAUUGAUGAAAAUUGCAAUAAGUGAUUUGAAUAAUUCAUCUAUAACUUUGGAAGAUCGGCUCCGGGUUCUACAGGAACUUAAUGUACUUGUUGAGCCAAUAGAUAAUGCAAAUGAUUUUAACAAACUUGGAGGACUUGUUUCUGUGACACGAGAGCUUUAUCACCCUGAUCCAAGUAUUAGGACCACUGCUGCAUGGAUCCUUGGGAAAGUUUGUCAAAAUAAUCUAGUUGUCCAGCAGCAGGUCUUGGAACUUGGGGCGCUCCCAUUGCUGUUGAAGAUGGUAAAACCUAAUUUUAUAGAGGAAGCCAAUAAAGCAUUAUAUGCUGUUUCAGCUUUGAUCCGAAAUAAUUUAGCUGGUCAGGAAUUGUUCUCUGCUGAAGAUGGAGAUUUGAUGGUUCAGAAUAUUUUGAGGAAUUCAAGUAUUGAUAUCAGACUACAGAAGAAGGCUUUGAUUCUCUUGGCUGAUCUAGCGCAGUCUCAGUUAGAAAAUGCACGUAGAAGCGAACUACCUUUCUUAAGUGAUCGAGAUCUGCUGAAAUCUGUGGUUGAUCUCAUUGCUACAUCAACCGAUUUGGAUCUCCAGGACAAGGUCCUUGUUGCAAUUAAGAGUCUCCUGCAGCUCAAGACCACUGAAGCUCUGGUUUUAAAAGACUUCUGUGCUUUAGGUGAUGCAUUAAAUAAAAUGAAGCAGUUGCUGCUUAAUGUGAUGGUGGAUGAAUUCCAGAGAGAUUAUGCGAUGGACGUGGAAAGCCUUCGCAGUGAAGUAGAAUACAUUUUUCAUAGGAAGCUGUUAAAGUAGUGACAUCAGAUAAACUUUUUCCGGUGGCUGAUUCUUUUUGUGAAAACUCAAGGAAGAAAUCUACAUGGAGCAAUCUCCUGGAUUUGUUGUUUGACUAGUGUGCAGAUUAUAUCAUUCUAUUUAUGGACUCAAGUGGUCACUGUGGGCUUGCUUUGAAAGAUUCUAGCAGUAUUUUUCAGUAGUUUGGAUUAGAAAGAAGCAAGGUUGACCACUAUCUGUUCACAUGCACCAAAAUCCCAAUCUUUGCACAUAUCUAGAAGGAAUUGGUUGAAAAUACACAUGCUUGAUCAUUUUAGACCAAAAUCGCAAGCUAAAGUUCUUGGGCAGUGAGGCAACUCAACCCAAGACAAGGGUGGUAAUUUCUCAAAGGAAAAACGCAUGCUUUUGAUAUUUUGGAAGGAACUAAUAUGUCAGAUUGUCAACUUGUUCAACACUUACAUGGAUCCUAAUAUCAAUUUUGUACUGGGAUAGAUGGAGCCUUUGUGUGCAUUGGCAGAUACCAGGGGUUGUUUUGGAAGUUGAAUUAUCUAACAAUCGCUAAUCUCUCCUUGAUUGUGAGAGUAGUGAGUCAAUUCUUACAAAGCACCACACUAGUGAUUGGAAAGUAGUGCGAUCUAUCCUUAGAUAGAUACCUAGCAAAGGUUAACUAUAUGAGGAUCACAUGCAAAUCCAAGUAGUAGGAUAUGCCGACACAAAUUGGGAUGAUUAUGGGAGGAAAUCAUGCUUUUUUUUUUUUGGAAAAGAAAGAUAUAAAAUGUUACGGCAAGAUCUAGUGUUAAAGUUGAAUACUGUGCCAUGGCAAUAAUUGCUGUAGAUGAAAUUAGUCCAAGACCUUCAAUUUGAAAAUCCUGACAAAACGACUCUAAUGUGAAAUAUGGCAUUAGUUUAUAAGGGCUUUAUGGUAAUUUCCUUAUAGAAUUUAUCUGCUGUACCUGUCCCUUUUCCCUUUUGUCGAAUUCCUCUUCUA